GGAAUAUUUUUAAAUGAUUGAAGGGAUGAGAGAAAAGUCAUGACUUAGCAACGAAACUGAAAUAGAGCCCGUCUACGAUAGGAACCACAGCUAGUUAGUUGUUUAACAUAUUCAAGGACGUCAUGGGUAUAUUUUAAGUUCGGAACGAUACUUUACAAUGUCAACUACUACGUUCGUGUAAAUUACUGUGCUCAAUCAAGUUCUUAACCGUUCGGCGGUCGCCGAGCGCGCGCAAGUUUGGGGAGAGCGAGGAGAAGGAAAUAGAGAGAACCGGUUCCCGCGGCUCGCGUACUACUUGAACGGCGCCCGAGGUAUUCAGAGUGCAGUCGCGCGCCAGUCAGCUGUGCGCGAGCUCAAGGUCUGGGGCAGACGCCGCUAGGCUGGGCGACUGUCGCGCUGGGGCCGCCCGAGUCCGCGCAUGCGCGUAGCGGUGCUGCUGUGACGGCGCAUUAUCGACUGCGAUAACUGUACUGUUGCGUCUUGUUUGCUCGCUGCUAGAGGAUUGAGGUUAUGUGCCUGCGGGUUUAACGCCCCGGUGCAUUCGUGCUAGGCUGGUUCAUCCGAGCUUUUUUUUAUUUAUUUAUUAUUAUUUCCUUAAAAAAAUAGAAAUGCUAACGGUUUUGGAAGGAGUCGGAGUUGUUUGCAUAGCUGUAGUAGGGCUACAGUUGUGUAAGCACACCUACAAACUUUUGUACGACUAUGUGCUAGGCCCUAUGUUCAAGAAAAAUGUGAAUUUCAGCGAGUAUGGACGAUGGGCAGUGAUCACUGGAGCUACAGAUGGCAUCGGGAAGGCUUGUGCAGAAUUUUUGGCACAGAAGGGAAUGGAUAUUGUCCUGAUUAGUCGCACUUUGUCCAAACUGGAAACAGUUGCUGCAGAUUUAGAAGCAAAUUACAAAAUCCGAACCAAGGUGAUAGAAGCGGACUUUUCCAACCCCUCUCCGGAAGUUUACUGCAAGAUCGAGAAAGAGCUGAACACGCUGAGGCCGCUCCCCAUAGUGCUCGUGAACAAUGUUGGCAUGAGCUACCCCUACCCGGAGUACUUCUGCGACUCGCCGGAGAAGGACUCGAUGUACAUGAACAUCAUAUGCUGCAACAUAGUGUCCGUCACCAACAUGACGAAGCUCCUGCUGCCGAACAUGCAAGAAGAGAAGAAGGGCGUCGUCAUCAACGUCUCGUCGACGUCUGCGCUCAUCCCGAGCCCUUUGCUGUCCGUGUACGCUGCUUCCAAGGCGUACGUGCACAAGCUGUCGAAGGACCUGGCCACAGAGUACGGGAGGAGCGGGGUGCUGGUGCAGUGCCUGGCGCCGGGCUACGUGGCCACGAAGAUGAGCAAGAUCAAGCAGUCGAGCUGGAUGGCUCCGUCCCCGGAGGUGUACGUGCAGAAGGCCCUGGGCACCACCGGCAUCCAGGCCGUCACCACCGGCUACUUCCCGCACUCUCUCCUGGCCGGCACCGUGCUGCUGAUCGAGAGCAUCUGCCCCCAGUUUGCGGCCUGGCUGGUGGUGCGCACCAUGGAGAACAUCAGGAAGAGAGCCCUGCACCGCCACGCCACCGCGUCGUGAGCGCAAGUCGGUUCUUCCUUUUCCAUCGCUCGUUUUACUGUCCGUCGUGUGUGGGUGCGGGCGUCAUAGUUAGCAAAUGCAUUUGUUGCAUGUGGCUCGCAGGUUAAAUAGGUUGGCAUGUUCAUUUUUACAAAAUUUACAGUAAGUGCUGCACAUAAAAUAAAAGGUUUAGGAUAAAGGUUAUGUUUUGUUACUAAAGACAAAACACUAUGCACCCAGAACUAAAUUCUAAAUAGACAGUUUUAUUAUUUUUGGAAUCUGUGCAAUGUUUUACUGUAGUAAAUAUGUUUUUUUUUUUUGUUUUGCCCACUGAACUUGUUCAUGUUUGCUACAUAUAAAAAUUGAAAUGUGGUUUUCUUUAUUCUUCAUUUGUUAAUAAAUAAUUUAAACACCAAA